AUGAAGAAGCAAAACGCCGAGCUCUGCCAGCGUGUCUAUCUUCUCGAGGAAUUCUUUCAUCUACUGACUCUGCGCUCAGACUACGAGUGCAAGGAAAUCAUUCAUCGAAUGCGGGAGGUAAACUUGGGCAAUGCCCUCGAUCACCAGUUCGAGUUCGUCAAGAGUGGUCAUCUGCACACCGACCCGAUCGCAGAUCCCAUCGACGACGGUCCCGAAGAGCCAACCCAGGAAGCGGCUGACAGCAUUGUCCUGCCUGGAGCCUCGAUCGAUGAGGCGACUGUGCUUCUGAAAGAUCUGUAA